AUGGCCUUUCAAAGAAGUGGUAGCUUGUUAGCCCUAGCCUUCGCCAUCUGCAUACUGAUCCCAUGCUGCUCCUCCAGCAAAGAAGCCAUGGAAUUGUUCGAGAGAGCGUGCCAUUGCUUCGAUGACCCCAAUAUCUACAGCCAGUGCGCGGAGGAGUUCAGGCUGAACGUGGAGGGCGCGUUCCACGUGCAGAGGAACGAGGUGGACGAGUACUGCGGCGGGCCGUGCCUGGAGGAGACGCAGCUGGCGCUGCAGUGCGUGGAGGAGGUGGCCGCCGAGAGCUUCAAGUUCUCCAACGGCGCGUCGGUGCUGGCGGUGAAGCAGGCGCUCGGCGCGGGAUGCAGCUACGGCCCCGACAGAGCAACCUUUGAGAUCAGGGAGCGCAAGGAAUGCGUCGGCGGCGCCGACGAGUCCUACUACCACAAGUCUCGCGACCACGAGCAGGAGAAGCCAGUCGGCGGCCGGUACUACGGCGAGGGCAGCCAGCAGCCGUAUGAGCAGGGCGCCGGAUAUGGCGAGGGCGAGGAGUACUGCUACGGCUACGGGGCCGCUGGCAGGCUAGGAGAGCGCCGCGGCUACCUGCAGAUGAUGAUCCUGCUGCUCGUUGCCUCUGCACCACUUAUCCUCACGCUCUAA